CGGGAACAGUGAACCAUGGAGCUGUAUUUUGGUGAAUAUCAACACGUGCAGCAAGAAUAUGGCGUCCGUCUGAGACUCGCAAGUGAUGAUAGCAAAAAAUCAAGGAAUUCCCAACACUCUAAGGCAGGCUCCUAUGGUGUCAGUAUCCGGGUGCAGGGAAUCGAUGGCCAACCCUACAUAGUCCUGAAUAACACAGAGCAGUGUCUGGCAGGCACAUCUUUUCCUGAAAAUGGGCCACCAUUUCCAUCUCCGAUGAUAAAUAACCUGGCCCUGCAUUCCAACAAUGGGUCUGCACUGGAGGAGAGCAGCGCAGAAGAAUUGCAGCUCCCAGAAAAUCCUUAUGCCCAACCCAGCCCAGUAAGAAACCUGAAACAAUCCUCUCUCUUUGAGGGCAAGAAUGGGGUUCUAGAAUGUAAAGAGGGGCCAGUGAAGUCAUCCCACAUGUUGAACUUUCAGAGACAUCCAGAGCUUUUGCAGCCCUAUGACCCUGAAAAGAAUGAAUUGAACUUGCAAAAUCACCAGCCUCCUGAGAGUAAUUGGCUAAAGACUUUAACAGAAGAAGGUUCCAACAAUAAGAAGGCUUGGACUUGCUUCCCCAAACCUAGUAGUUCCCAGCCUACCAGACCUCCUUUGGAAGAUGUGGGCAAAUCCAGCGUGACGGCCAUUCGUUUGUGCAGCUCUGUGGUCAUCGAUGACCCCAAGAAGCAGACCUCAGUGUGUGUAAAUGUUCAGAGCUGCACCAAGGAGGGGCUGGUGGAGGAGGCCCUUUCCUCUAGUGGGAGGUUCCUAACGGCCCACAGCCCCCACACUCAUCCCGAAACCAAGAAAGCCAGGCCAGACGUGCUUCCCUUCCGGCGACAGGAUUCAGCGGGACCUGUCCUGGAUGGAGCACGGUCCCGGAGGUCCUCUUCCUCAUCGGCAACUCCCACUUCGGCCAACUCUUUGUACAGAUUUUUACUUGAUGAUCAGGAAUGUGCCAUCCACGCUGACAAUGUGAAUCGUCAUGAAAACAGACGGUAUAUCCCCUUCUUGCCAGGAACCGGGCGGGAUAUUGACACAGGAUCAAUUCCUGGUGUGGAUCAGUUGAUUGAAAAGUUUGACCAAAAACCCGGUCUUCAGAGGAGAGGAAGGUCUGGGAAGCGAAACAGAAUCAAUCUGGAAGACAGGAAGCGGUCCAGAAGCGUGGAUAGUGCCUUCCCUUUUGGCCUCCAGGGGAACACCGAGUACCUAAACGAAUUUAGCCGGAACCUGGGCAAGUCCAGCGAACACCUCCUGCGCCCGUCGCAGGUGUGCCCUCAGAGGUCACCCUCUCAGGAGCACCGUGGGAGACAGAACGUGGGCCGGGCCUUCGCGAAGCUGCAGGGUGCCCACCUCAGGCCUCCCCAGCAGAGCAAAGAUGGGAAAGUUCCAGAAAACAAAGGUGGUCGGGAGAGUGCAAACACGCAUGCAUCUUCCCUCCCGGCACAGAAUAAGAAGGAGGAGGAAAUCAAAACAGCCACCGCGACACUGUUGUUACAGAAUCGGGCGCUAGCCACUUCUCCCGACUCUGGUGCCAAGAAGAUUUCUGUGAAGACAUUUGCUUCCGCCUCCAACACUCAGGCCACACCGGAUCUGUUGAAAGGCCAGCAAGAGCUCACUCAACAAACCAAUGAGGAGACGGCCAAGCAGAUACUUUACAAUUACCUCAAAGAAGGAAGCACCGAUAAUGAUGAUGCGACUAAACGGAAAGUCAACCUGGUCUUUGAGAAAAUCCAGACUUUAAAGUCUCGAGCAGCAGAGAGCACACAAGGAAAUAAUCAAGCUUCUAACCCUUCGUCUGAAGUCAGAGAUCUGUUGGAACAGAAAAACAAGUUGACCGCAGAAGUGGCUGAACUGCAGAGACAGCUUCAGCUAGAAGUCAAGAAUCAGCAGAACAUGAAAGAAGAGAGGGAGAGAAUGAGAGUAAGUUUGGAAGAGCUCCAGGGCCAGCAUGACAGUAAAGUGGAAGAGAAUUCCGUGCUGCAACAGCGCCUGGAAAAGAGCGAAGGGGAGCUCCGGAAGAACCUGGAGGAACUGUUCCAGGUGAAAAUGGAACGGGAACAGCACCAGACCCAGAUCAGGGAUCUUCAGGACCAGCUCUCAGAAAUGCAUGAUGAAUUGGACAGCGCUAAACGAUCUGAGGACAGGGAAAAGGGAGCUCUGAUUGAGGAACUCUUACAGGCAAAACAGGAUCUUCAGGAUCUGCUCAUCGCCAAAGAGGAGCAGGAAGACCUCUUGAGGAAGCGGGAGCGUGAACUCACUGCCCUGAAGGGAGCGCUGAAGGAAGAGGUGGCCAGCCACGACCUGGAGAUGGACAAGCUGAAGGAGCAGUACGAUGCUGAGCUGCAGGUCCUGAGGGAGAGUGUGGAAGAAGCCACCAAGAAUGUCGAGGUCCUGGCCAGUCGGAGCAACACGUCAGAGCAGAGCCAGCUGGGGGCUGAACUGCAUGUGAAGGCUUUGCAGGAGGAGAAGGAGAAGCUGCGGGAAAGCAUCGAAGAGCUGGAGCAGAGCGUCACUCGGCUCCAGAGGCAGAUCGCUGACGUGAAAGGCGAUGAGGCCAAAGCAAAGGAGAUGCUCAAGGAGUGCGAGAGAGAAAGCCGGCAAUUAGAAGAGGCCCUUGUGCAGGCAAGAAAGGAAGAAAGAGAAGCCACAUCAGUGAGAAGGAGCCUGGAGAGUGAGCUGGAAGACGUGCAGAGAAAUCUGAGUCAGGCCACCCAGGAGCAGAAGCAGUUGUCUGAGAAGCUCAAAGAUGAGACAGAGCAGAAGGAGCAGUUAAGGAGACUGAAGAACGAGAUGGAGAAUGAGCGAUGGCACCUGGACAAGACCAUCGAGAAACUGCAGAAGGAGAUGGCUGACAUUGUUGAGGUGUCCCGCAUAUCGACCCUGGAGCUCCAGAACCAGCUGGAUGAGUACAAGGAAAAAAAUCGCAGGGAGCUUGCAGAAAUGCAGAGGCAGUUGAAGGAGAAAACCCUAGAGGCGGAAAAGUCACGUCUGACUACCAUGAAACUGCAGGAUGAGAUGCGCCUGAUGGAGGAGGAGUUACGAGACUACCAGAGGGCUCAGGAUGAGGCGCUCACAAAAAGGCAGCUUCUGGAGCAGACGCUGAAGGACCUGGAGUACGAGCUGGAGGCCAAGAGUCACCUCAAAGAUGACCGAAGCCGACUCGUCAAGCAGAUGGAGGACAAGGUAUCUCAGCUGGAGAUGGAACUGGAAGAAGAAAGAAAUAACUCGGAUUUGCUGUCUGAGAGGAUCACUCGGAGCAGGGAACAGCUGGAGCAGAUGCGGAGCGAGCUUCUGCAGGAGAGAGCUGUCAAGCAGGACUUGGAGUGUGACAAGAUUUCCCUCGAGAGGCAGAACAAGGACUUAAAGAGCCGGAUUAUCCACCUGGAAGGCUCUUACAGGUCCAGCAAAGAGGGGCUGGUGGUGCAGAUGGAGGCCAGGAUUGCUGAGCUGGAGGACCGUCUGGAGAGCGAGGAGAGGGACCGGGCCAGCCUGCAGUUCAGCAACCGCCGGCUGGAGCGGAAGGUGAAGGAGCUGGUGAUGCAAGUGGAUGACGAGCACCUGUCGCUGACUGAUCAGAAGGACCAGCUGAGCUUGCGCUUGAAAGCCAUGAAGCGACAAGUGGAGGAGGCGGAGGAGGAGAUCGACAGACUAGAAAGUUCUAAAAAGAAGCUGCAGAGGGAGCUGGAGGAGCAGAUGGAUGUGAACGAGCAGCUGCAGGGACAGCUCAGCGCCAUGAAGAAGGACCUGAGCAGACUCAAGAAGCUGCCGAGCAAGGUGCUGGACGACACGGAUGAUGACGACCUCAGUACGGACGGAGGGAGCCUCCAUGAGGCGCCGCUGAGCUACACCUUCCCCAGGGACAGCACCGCCACCAGCCAGAUCUGAGGCCCCUUCCAGGGCUGCGGCGGCGGCCUGUCGUCAUACCGCAGGGCCCAGCAGUCCGCCGCCGGCAGCGGGGAGCAGGAGAGGCAGCGUCCAUGCGGGCGGAGACCGGAGACCCGUGAGCAGGCAUUCCUCCUGGAAUGCAUCGGAAUGCAUUCCUCCUGGGGUCUCCGAGUGGGGGCGCACCUCUCCUAGCUCGGACAGGCAGCAGUUUAAAUGUUGUCGCCUGAGGCAUAGGAGCCGCCACUCACUGAGCCUGGAGGGUCUGUUUGGGCAGGAGGAAGCCCCGAUUCUGCACCGCUGUCUGCUUCUCCGCUUUUCAGGGGCGCUCCUGCCCCCUCCUCCCUCCCCGGCCAAGGAAAAGGGUCCAAAAUGACAGUUAUUUCAUAGCCAUUGUGCAGGGGAGGAGACGAUGUAUAGACUGCACAUAUUUGAAUCUGGAUCCUCCUGGGCUGCGGCUGUUCCAUUGCGGAAUCCUACAGAAUCUCCGUAGGGUGGCUUGUUUGGAAACUCCACUCAUCUGUCUUACUAUUUUUUUAAAACAUGGAGCUACUAGGUUUUAAGUAUUAAGACACAGAGAUGAGAGAGAGGGUAGGGUACAUCAGAGUUGGAUAAAAGGAACCGUGGUGAUAGGGGACAAUUAAUCCCGAGAAGAGAAACGCAAGUGGUCUUGGUGAACAACUUACGGAGGGAGAGAAAGUCAGAAGGUCACGGGUGUCUGUGGCCCUGCUUAGUCGUUUUAUCUAGAAUGUUGAUAUAAUUCUGAACCGUGGUGAGACCAAUUCCCAGUCACCAACUGCAAUUUCUUUUCCGCAGUUGGGGUGGGGAGACUCAGAAGUAAGGUUUUUGACAAAUGACUUGGUUUCUGGAGGGGUGGGGUCCUCCUGUCAUUUCUUAUUGGUCCUUUCCUCCCUCCAUCCACGUCAGGCCUCCAAGUCACCUCCUCUGGCCAGUGGUUGCUGGGUGGGGAGUGGGAGGGUGUGAGGAAGAGGUAGGCGGUGUCCAGGAAGGUCCUGGGGAGAGAGAGGAGAGGAGGUGAGCAGGCGUGUGUGGGUGUGGGGAGGAAGGAAGAGGGAAGUUCGCGAAAGCCGGGGCAUGUAUAGACGAGGGGCAGAUGGAGCCAGUUCUUGAGUUUAUGUCAGGAAAGCAAGGGGGGGAAAGUCAGACAGGAGGUGUGUCUGUAGAGACUGGAAGACUCCUCCUUGCUUCCUGGGACAAGAGGGACGUGCGCUGGCACCAGGCACCAAGUAACUGGGAUUGGGUGAGGUCUGCGGCGAGGCCACGUUGCUGGGGCAGCAUUACAGGGGGCAUGGAAUGGGGCACUUGCAGUCUUACAGUAUCCCUCCUGGCCUUCCUGGUGUCACCUCCCACUGGGACCGGUCCCGGAUGCCAGUCUUACAGUAUCCCUCCUGGCCUUCCUGGUGUCACCUCCCACUGGGACCGGUCCCGGGUAUGCUUGGAGGCCAAGUCCAGUCACAGCUGGGCCCCCACAGGUCAGGGCCAGGGUGUAGACGAGGCGGCUCAGUAGGGCCACGGCCAGGGAGAGAACCACAUAGGACGUGUGUAUACACGGGUCGUGUUCAGUUGGGUCGGCAGUGUCCCCAGGUACCCCCAGAGACAGGAAACCCAUGGACCUGAGAACUCCAUGACAGUUACCGUGAGGGGCAGGGAGCUUCAGUGCCCUAGCUACCCCGCGUCAGAGCCCACUGAACAGGAUUCAGAGGGAUCAGCCUGCUUUAAGUGUGGGUGUCACCCCCCCCCAGCAGGUGAGGCCACUGGGGCCAGGACAGCCAAGCCCUGCUCCGCCGCUGCUGGUGUGGGGUGCUUCUUGCAUCUGCUUACUCAUGUGAGGUGAGGAGAGAGUCCUCCCUUUCGCCAUUCAUUCAUUGAGCCAAUAUUUAGUGGGCGUCCCCCAUGUGUCAGACACAGUCCUUGGCACUGGGAAAACAGCGAAUAAAACAGACCCAAAUCCCCUCCUGCGAUGCAGGACAAUAGUCAUACCAACGGACACAGAGGCCGAGCCCUUCCAUACCCAGCCCUGGAGACCCUCUGUCCUUUUGGGGACACAACAAGCCUGACUCACUGGAAUUCCCAGGGGGUUCUCCGACUCUCAAUAUAUUCCUGAUUUCCCUGCUGCUGCCACUGUCAUUAGCUAUUUGCCAAGAAGUCUGCCUAAAAAUGCCUCCACCCCCUCAUAACUAGAUGGGAGAGGAGAAGGUUAGAGGUGCAAGAACUUUGGGGGGGUGGUGAGUAUCUAUCUUGGGUUUGUGAGAAAGUCACUGUUUCUGGCCGGUUCCUCAUGGUUGCCAUGAGGCUGGCUGCAGGAAGCCAAAGUGCCCUUGGAAAGAGAACAGAGACCCCUGUUCAAAAGGGUUGCAUCCUUAAACGGUAAAAGAUGGGCCAUUUGUAAAUGUUAACAAAGGCAUUCUCGUACAUGGGCGUGGCGCUGGCGGCAAGCUGUGCGGUAGUGCGGUGGGAAAAACGUCAGACUGGGCCUUGAGAGAUGUUUUCAAGUCCUCACUCUUCUUGCCCUGGUGACCUUGACAGGGGUGACCUUGAUUGGGCAUGUGCUCUCAUAGCCCAAGAUGGUCUGGAAUAAAUGAGGACUGCAGGGCAGGGUCCUUUCCAGCUCUGGCAUUCUAUCAUUCUUUGAUUUUAUUAUAUACUCAUUUUUUUUCCUGUUUAUUGCUUUAAGAACUAACCCCACUCAAGAAUAUUUUCUUUAGCUAGCUUGAAAAGAAAAUAUUUUAUUUAAUGAACCAAUAUGUGGCCAGAUGCAAUGCCGAGGAGACAAUCAUCGUAUAUCUUUAUAAUUUUUUUCCUGCUUCGGAGUCCCCUUUGACAAAGGCAAGAGGCUCUUCUGCUGCGCGUUGGCUUUGGGGAUGUUCGAUUGCUUCCGUUUGUCAUGGGGAAGAGACGUUUGCAGGCAGCUACCUCCAUGUAUGUGAACUGGAUAAAGCCGGAUUGCUUUUCAAUAAACGGUGUCACCCGACAGGAAUCUUGA